UUCUGUUAGUCCCCUCAUUCUUUCUAUCGUCUUUGUCUCUCUAAAAACCAAACAAUGACAAGCAAGAGAAAAGGGAAUUGGACAGCGGAGAAAGAUAAGAACUUGUGCAGUUCUUGGGUGAUGAUAUCGGAAGAUGGAGCUGUGGGUGUCAAUCAAAGGGAUACAAGGUUCUGGGAUAGAGUGGCGGCGCAAUUUCGAUCGAACGAUCGAAACACAUCUCGUACUAUUAAAAGCAUGGCUAAUCGAAUGGGCACAAUCACCAAAUACUGCAAGUGUUGGAAUUCAGCUAUCCAAAGGGCAGAGAGGAAUCAACCAAGUGGCACGAAUCAAAUGGAUGUGGAGCAUAUGGCAGAACAACUCUAUUUAAGCGAGACCGGAGAAAAGGGGUGGACUUUUGGUCAUUGUUGGUGGAUCUUGAAAAGAUGCCAAAAAUUUCAUACCGUGAUAAUAAUGCCAUCUUCAAAUCAAAGCCGCAUGAGUCAAGGUUCUGAUGGUUCUCCCAUGGGUCUUGGUUAUCAAUCAACACCACAGACAGACCUCAAUAACACAGAAGGAGACGAAGAAACUCCACCAUUCGUCGGAGAAACUCCACCGUUCGUCGAAGAAACUCCACCAUUCGUCAUAUCUCGCCCUGCUGGACGCGACAAACAGAAGGCAGCUAAGAAGAAAGGAAAGGGGGUUGUCGAGUCAUCAGAGAGCUACACUGCUCAAUUGCUUGAGUAUGGAAGUGAGUUGAAGGAGAGGCAUGCUUUGAGGACUGAGUAUGAGCGAAGAAGGAUGGAAUUCCAAGAACAAAAAUCAAAGCGUGACCAAGAAAAGUGGGAAGUUGAGAAAAAAGAGAGAGAAGCAGCACUAUUUCGGAACAAUCUUGAUCUUAUUGAAAAGGACUUGUCGAAGUUGACACCAAGAAAGAGGAAGUUUUACAAAAAUCAUCAAAACAUGCUCCUAGGGUAUGAUCAAGAUGAUCCCAACUCUGUUCCCGACUAUUCAUCCAACGCAAGUCAAACUGGAGGUGGAGAUGGAAAUGGAGGAGGAGAUGAAGGUGGAGGAGAUUACGGGAAUUACUAUUCCCUUCUGGGUGAUUAUUGAC